GGAAAUCUUACCCCGCAAUCAAGCUAAGCAAACGUCAACAUGAUCAAUAAUCAUAAAUGAAAACAAGUCUUUCCACAAAGAAUUUCCUUUCCUCCAUUAUUAUUCUACAAACACCUAUUCUUUAAACCUCAGUAUAUCGAAUCUAGAAAAUCUUUCACAGGCAAUGUCAGAAGCAAAUGAUUUCCCACCGCAAAAGGUUAGGGAGGUGCUGAGUGAAGUUGUGGGUUUGUUGAAGGAAAGGGGUGAGACUGUUAGUGUGGCUGAAACUGUAUGUUUGUUUUUCUACUUUGUUUUUGUUUGUGAUUUCUUUGGUUUUUGAUGUUUGGAUGGUUUGGGUGGUUUGCGCGCCGGAAGUGUGUUGGUGUUUGGUAAUGGGAAUGGGUGUGGGAACGGGUGUAGGAAUGGGAAGCGGGAGGCGGGAGGCGGGAGGCGGGAGAGGUGGAAAGAGUUUGUUGAUGCAAUUAGUGUUUUUGCUUUCCCGUUUGUCUUCCUGUUUGUCUUCCUGUUUGUCUUGCUGUUGAAAGUUGGUUGGUAUGCUUGAUUUUAGCUUGAAAGGAACAAGGGAAGAAAUAGAGACGGAGAAGUGAAAUUUAUAGGAAGGCGGGGGGCGAUUCCGAUGAUUCCGGUAGAUAGAUUCACGAUAUGACAACAGAUGAAUAAGAAAAAGCGAAAAAAAAAUCUAACAAAAAAACCAGGCAGCAGGAGGAAUUAUAUCAGCCUCGAUCCUCAGUACACCCGGCGCAAGCAAAAUAUAUAAAGGCGGUCUUACGGUUUAUACAUUGGAAGCGAGAACUGUUUUUAGUAAUUCUUACUAUUUCUUUCUUCUAUAUUUCUUUCUUUCUCUUAUGUUUUCAACUUUUCAUAUACUUUUCUUCUUCUUCUUCUUCUUUCCAGAAUUCGAUACUAAUAUAUCUACAAGCUGGUUGGACUCAGGAAAAUAUAAACGCCUACACGGGUCCUACACCCGAUGUCGUGGCUGGAAUUGCUGAGAACGUGAGACCGAAAUUGGGAAGUACGUAUUGUAUUUGUGAGAGUGGGACUGCGGGACCGAAUCCUAGUGGACAGGGACCAAAUAAACAACCGUAUGUUAUUUUAUUUAUUUAUUUUCUUAUUCCUUUUAUUUUUUUUCUUCACUUCCGCUCUAUCAUUCUUCCCCACAUGCGAUGAGAAAGAUGGCAAAGGUAUGAAAUCAAAAUGACAAGAGAAAAAUGCUAAUAAUAUGGUGCCCGAUGCAAAGGGGAUAUGUAGCCUUAGCUAUAGCGACGGAAAAGGGAACGUAUAAGAAAGAUUUGAAUACGGGGUUGGGAGGGGAUAGGGAGGGGAAUAUGAUUGUAUUUGCUAGAGAGGCGUUGGCAUUUUUGAGGGAUGUUUUGAGAGGGGAUGCGAAGAUUUGAGUUUGAGGCUGAUGAAUGAUCAUCGGAGGAGAAAGGAGUGAGUUGAGAGAUCUUUAGAAGGAGAUCUUGUGUAGAGGAAUGGAAAUUUGAAGAGAGCAGUGUAAGAUUACUUUGUCCAUUUCUUAUGUGAAAU